AUGGCGGCGGGGGCGGGGGCGGUGGCGGUGGCUUGUGGUGUUUCUGUCGGCGGAGAUGCUGGGCGGAAAUGCGAGAAGCUCAGCGCCGGCGGGAGGUGGAGGUGCAAUUUGGCGGCCGUGAGCGGGAAGACCCUGUGUGAGGAACACUAUUUGUCGGCUCGUGGGGUCGGGAGAGCGGAAGAACGGUCGGAGGAAAUUGAAAAUGGAGAAAACGGUGGAGGCGAGCUUUUGUCUGACGGCGGCUGUGAGGGGAAGCGCGGCGAGGUUGUGGAAAUUUGCGCCUUGGAUUUUGAUGGAGGUUGUGGGGGCGCGAAGAAGAGAGGCAGGACGCCAAAGGGUUUGAACAACAAUGGGAAAGUGGUACUUGCUGCUGGGGAAAACGAUGCUCCGGUCAGGAUAGAGAGGAGGGGCAGGCCGAAAGGUUCGAAAAAUAAGCCGAAAAUUUUGCUUGUCGAAAAAAAAGAUGGUGUAAUUAGGAUUGAAAGGAGAGGGAGGCCAAAGGGUUCGAAAAACAAGCUGAAAACUGGGGCUAUCGAAACAAGCAAUGGUGUUAGGGUUGAAAGGAGGGGGAGGCCGAAGGGUUCAAAAAAUAAGCCAAAAACCGGCGUUUUGAGCGGGCCCCAGGAAGAAAUGCAGGUCGGAACAUUGGUACGUGUUGUUGAAAUCGAGGGGGGAAUCGAAGACACUGUUUUUGAGGAACUGAAUGGGAGAGGAAAAGAUGGGAUUUUUGUGAAAGGUUCAAAAAAUAAGAAGAAAAUGGUGGGUGGAGAUAAUGGCAAUUUUGACCCAAUGGUCGGGAGGCCAAAGGGUUCCAAGAAAGAGAAAGAGAGGAUAAACAGGACUGAAAAUGGACAAAGCGCAGAAGGUGAUAUCGUCAAAGGUUCUUGUCCUGUUCAGACGGUUAAGCAGCGUGGGAAGCCCAGAAAGAUGGUAUUAGCAGCAGCCAUUGAGUCGAAGCAGAGAAGUGCAAACUUUAAUUCAAAUGGGGGUAUUCAGUUGCUUACCGAUGGCCGAAUUAGUCAAAAGGGGUUGAAAGCUUGUAAAAAGGUGCCCAGCGAACGGCUUAAUGGAUCCAAAAGCAUGAAGAAUGUCCAAAUAAUCAAAGAGAAUCUUGAUAAUACUGAUGGUUUUACGUUUGGGGCUGUGGUGAAUGGGAGAGAUAAGAGGAAUGAUGGUAAGGAAAAAAGGGUGAAAAAUGAAGUUGGAUUUGCCAAGGAGGAUGGGUUUGAUGUUUCUGGUGAAAACUUAGAGCAAAAGGGGAUCAAGAAGCUCAAGAAGGAUUCUGCUGAGGUGUUGGGUGAAUAUAAUAACCAGGCUCGAAAUAGGGCUCGAGGGAGGCUGAAAAGGAACGUAGAUGAGUCCGGAGAGAAAGUACCAAACGGUUGCGUGAAGAGGACAAAGUUGUCAGCUUUGGGAAUGUUGGAUUCCACCAUUAAAAAGGAUCAGCGGGGUUUGAUGUGCCACCAAUGCAUGAAGAGUAACAAAGAUGGUAUUGUUAUCUGCUCAAAUUGCAAACGAAAACGCUACUGCUCCAAGUGCAUUAGAAAGUGGUAUCCUAAGAGAACAAAAGAAGAAGUUAAAAAAUCAUGCCCGUUUUGCUGUGGGAACUGUAACUGCAGAGCUUGCCUUCAAGCGGAUGUGAUUUUGCAGAGCUGCCAAAUAAAAGCUGAUGAGAGUAUCAGACUACAAAGAUCUCUUUAUUUGCUAUCCAAUGUUCUUCCUCUACUUAGGGUGAUACAAUCUGAGCAGAAAACUGAGCUAGAUUUUGAGUCAAGAAUGCAAGGUGUUCCGAUAAAUGAAGAAGAUGUGCAAGUGGCUGUUUUUGAGGAAGAUGAUCGGGUAUACUGCGAUAACUGCAAGACAUCAAUCGUCAAUUUCCAUCGAAGUUGUGCCUCUUGUUCCUAUGAUGUCUGUCUGGAUUGUUGUCAUGAACUCAGAAUAAAAAGUUGCUCAAAUGAUACGAACAAUCAAAUCCCCAAAUGGGAAGCUAUGAAAAACGGGGGAAUACCGUGUCCUCCCGAAGAAUAUGGGGGCUGUGGAGGAACUCACGAUUUGCAAUUAAAGCGCAUUUUAGAUCCUAAUUUAGUCGAAAAAUUAAUUACUACAGCAGAUGAGUUUACUCUGAAUUACCAUCUUCCAGAUGUAGGCAUCUCUCGCGAAUGUUCUCUUUGUGUCGAAAAUGACUUUUCCGAAGUGCGAAAAGCAGCUCACAGAGAACACGGUGAAGAUAACUUUGUGUACUGUCCUAAUGCUCUCGAUAUGAGAAAUGGCUCGUUCGAACAUUUUCAGAUGCAUUGGAGGAGAGGUGAACCUGUUAUUGUUAGAGACUCGCAUUCGGGGGCUUCUGGUCUUAGUUGGGAGCCGAUGGUCAUGUUGAGGGCUUUUAAGAAUGCGAGCAAAAGAUUAAAUGAAGAAACUUUCUCCGUGAAGGCUAUCGAUUGCUUGGAUUGGUGUGAGGUGGAGAUCAAUAUCCGCCAAUUUUUCAAAGGAUAUUUAGAAGGGAGAAAUCAUGAAAAUGGAUGGCCUGAGAUGUUGAAGUUAAAGGACUGGCCGCCUGCAAAUUUAUUCGGAGAAUGUUUGCCAAGACACGAUUCUGAGUUUAUGGCUAUGCUUCCCUUCUGUGAUUAUACACAUCCUAAAUCGGGCCUCUUAAAUCUUGCUACGAAGCUACCCGAUAGUGCCUUGAAGCCAGAUUUGGGGCCUAAAACGUAUAUUGCCUACGGUUUUCCAGAAGAGCUUGGGAAUGGUGAUUCGGUUGCUAAACUGCACUGUGACAUCUCUGAUGCGGUAAGGGAAUUUGAAGUUACCCGUCAAAAAGUAGAAUGCGAAUGUGAAGAUGAAGCUGAAGCAAAAGCAAAAGCAAAAGCAAAAGCUAAAGAUGAUAGUGAAAGCUCAUCGGGAGUUGGAUAUGGUGCUGCCGUUUGGGACAUCUUCAGACGGCAAGAUGUGCCCAAAAUAAAUGAGUAUUUGCUAAAGCAUCAGGAAGAAUUUCGUCAUCACAAUAAUUCUCGAAUAAAUAAUGUCGUGCAUCCUAUCCAUGACCAGGUGUUUUAUUUGGAUGAGAAGCACAAAAGACAACUAAAGGAGGAAUUUGACGUUGAAGCUUGGACAUUCGAGCAACAUCUUGGUGAGGCUGUGUUCAUUCCUGCUGGCUGUCCUCAUCAAGUGAGAAAUCGACAGUCAUGCACUAAAGUUGCUGUGGACUUUGUUUCCCCUGAUAAUAUUCAAGAAUGCAUCCGAUUGACACAAGAGUUCCGGAAGCUUCCUAAUACCCAUAGAUCGAAACAAGAUAUUCUUGAGGUGAAGAAACUGGCUGUGUAUGCUGCAUGUGCUGCAACUGAUGAAGCCAGAAAAUUUAUGUCCAAAUCAAACACAUCUCACUCACAUCCCUGGGUUUACUCACUUCCAUGGGUUUCUUCCAAAACGGAUCUUGCAGAAAGCUCCGAGUGA